GAAACAGUGAAAUAAGGAAAAUACGAAAAUGUCUGGUCGCGGUAAAGGUGGAAAAGUGAAGGGAAAGGCAAAGUCGCGUUCUAACCGCGCUGGUCUUCAGUUUCCCGUUGGUCGUAUUCACCGCCUCCUUCGUAAGGGCAACUAUGCUGAACGUGUAGGUGCCGGUGCUCCUGUCUACUUGGCUGCCGUUAUGGAAUAUUUGGCCGCUGAAGUUUUGGAGUUGGCUGGCAAUGCUGCACGCGACAACAAGAAAACUAGAAUUAUCCCUCGCCACUUGCAAUUGGCCAUUCGUAACGAUGAGGAGUUAAACAAACUGCUUUCGGGCGUCACCAUUGCCCAGGGCGGUGUUUUACCCAACAUCCAAGCAGUGCUGUUGCCCAAGAAGACGGAAAAGAAGGCAUAA